AAUUUUUUUUAAUUAUUAAUUCUUCUGUUAAUUAUUUCUUUAAUAAUGAUUUUUUAUAAUUAAUAAACUAUAAGUUGGAAAAUGACGAUUAGUUGUGCGUAAAAAUCUCUGUCAUAACAUGAUUAUUUUCCUGUGCAAAAAAUAAUCCCCGUGGAUUAAAUUGGAUCAAAGUACGUUUUCUCAAUGACUUCAUAAUCUUUCCGAUGCACUGAUAUCUUAUCUACAUAGAUGCAAUGCUACGUAUUUUUACAGGUGCAACAAACUCAUUUCUCUUCUGUUUAUUCGUGAAAUUUCCUUGUCAAAUCCGUUAUCAUUAUGUACACAAAUAAAAAAUCUGAUCAUCGUUUUCUUGAAAGAAGUUGUCCGAAGAAAGAUUAUCAAAUUAAAUAGAUUUGAUAUAAAUACUUUAUAUAUAAUAAAUAUUUAUUUUUACAUGUCUGUUUAUGCUCUCUUCUAAAAAAGAAAACUGCAUUUUUUUAUUUCAAAUCACAUUAUAAAGUGCUCCGCUAAGGCGCGAUAGAAUUGCGACAUUCGCGACUGAUAUAACAUAAAUGUGAUAUAGCACAGGUCAUCACUUGUGUCGUUGCACUUAUAUGCGCGAGAUAAUGAGAGCCGCGUUAAUUAAUUUGCAUUGAGCGCAUAAAAGUGACUGCAAAUUAAAUAUCCCGAACUCUGCACUGCACGCGCCGCGUGCAGUGACGCUCGCGAGCGAAAAACAACUCUGUAUGAACUCUAUACGAUUGCGCUCGAUCUCACAAGAGCACAGAGUAGCGGAGCCGGUUUUCGUCGCGCUUCCUCCUCUUCGGCCAGUCUCGCAUCGUCCGCAGCUCGUGUCAGAGCACUUCCUCGGCUUCAUGUGUACCGAACGUCCAUAUCGGAGCAUCUUAAAAAAUCCCGUUUGAUAUUUAAAUGAAUUUUUAAAAUUGCCACGCGCGUGAGUGUUAACGUGUCGUGAUAUUAUGCUGCGACGUUGAAAAAUUUUCCGACCAUACUUAAAAUUAAAUUAUGUAUUCCGAUAACUGCUUGCCAACGCGAAGGCUUGACGACUCGGUUAAACAGCUUCGCUUGAUUGCGAAGUAAGCAAUUCGCGCGAGAAGAAGGAAGAGAGCAACUGAGUCAUUAGUACAGAUAAAGAAGCUAAAUGAGGAGUAAACAGAACAACAAGCUGAACAUGUUAUUUCAGAUAACUAUUUCGUAUACUGUUUUCAAGUAACUGAUCGAUCAAGCCGGCAGUUUAUUUUCGCCUGCACUUUGUUUUCAAUCUUGAAUCGUGGAUCUUUAAAAGUAAACAAAUAAUGUCAAUUUUGUUGUCAACUUAAACGUAAAAUAUUCUUGCGAAACCUACUAGAAGAUAUAAGAAAGUUCUAUAAAUAGAGUGAGCUUGCAAAAACUAUCAGGAAUUAUACAAGAAGUUAAGUUUUAUCAGUAAAGUUUUACAAAUGAGUCACCUUGCAAAAACUGUUAGAAGUUAUAAAAAACUUUCGCAAAAAUUGCAAAGUUUAUAAUUUAAAUAACUUAUCGAAGUUGUUACUCUAUUUUUCGCUAUAACUGUAAUUAGUGUAAUUGCAAGCUUAUUCUUGUUAUUAAAUAUUAUUAUUUCUAGUUAAUUGAAAAAGAUAUAUUAAUAGGGGUUACAAUAAAAUGUGCAACUACGUAAAUGUAUUAUAAAACCUGCAGCUGCUUCUAAAAAAAACAUGACAUUCAUGUAUAAAGUAUAUGUAAAUACAUAAUGCAUGAAAUGAGCUGAAUUGAAAUAAGAGGGGCCUUAUCCGUAGCGCGUAUCUUAUCACUUGUCCAAUCUAAAUUUGUAAUUGUGUACGUUCUCUGGACGAUUAGGUUUACAGUCUGCCGAUGGUACGAAUACGGGAUACAACUGAAAAGGACUCUCUAGGCAUGUGUAUCUCAUGAAAUAUUUGCAGAACGAUGACUGAUACGAUUGAUAGAAUGGCACGUGGUGUGACAGAUCGGGGCUGGGCAUGGAUGAUUGUCGUCGGCGUGACUGUUAUUAAUCUAGCCGUGCUUCCGGUACAGCAAUGUUUUGGCCUUAUCUUCGCGGAACGUUUCGAAAGUCUCGGCCUCACCGCGACUCAAACGAGUCUAAUUCUUCAUCUUAAUGGGACAAUAGGUUGCAGCCUCGGUCUAAUAAGCGGUCCGAUGAUGAAGAGAUUCGCCUUUCGUCAGGUUGCAUAUUUCGGCGGUCUGACAGUUGUCCUUGGAAUCUGCGCAGCUGCCUUCGCCGUGUCUCUUCCGACUCUUAUUAUCACUUACUGCGUUAUCAUUGGUAUCGGCCAAGGAAUUAUUUAUCCAGCGACAUCGUUAGCUAUAAACACGUAUUUUCGCGAGAAACGCAAUGUAGCCAUGGGAUUUUCAGUUACGUUAACCGGUUUGGGUCCAAUCUUGAUGCCCCUUUUGAUAGUUGUACUUCUCGAAAAUUUCGCCACGACCGGCACUCUCUUGAUCCUUGCUGGAAUCGCCAUGCAUUCCCUCGUUGGUGCAUCGCUAUUAAGAUCGUUUGAAGAGCAGAAAGAGCCGAGCGUUCCGAUAGACAAAACUACCGAUAUAUCGAAAAUGGAAAAUUCACUUGUUGAUAUUGAACCGAAUGUAGAAAAUAACGCGGUUCAACGCCAGUUGUUAAAUGAAGGAAACGCCGAAGAGGAAAGACAACUGUACCAUCGUCCAGAGAAUAGCAAAACAGAAGACAGUAGACAAACUUCGUUCCUUAGAAAGAUUAUUGCGAACAUGGAUCUUAAUCUUCUUCGUGAUAAUCGUUAUAUAGCGUUAAUACUAGGUGUGGGUGUCUCGUUCGUGGCCGAGACAAAUUUCAACGCAAUGAUACCUUUCGUCCUGGCCGAAUUGGCGAGCCUCGACAGAACAUCGAUAGCUACCGUGAUGUCGGUUCAAGCUGCCGCGGAUAUCUCAGGACGUCUUUGCGUACCGUUGUUGGCGCAAAAAACUGGCUGGACCUGCAGAAAUCUUUAUGUGCUAUCCCUGCUGGGAUCGACCGUCGGAAGGACUAUUCUGUCAACGUGGGGUAAUAUCUACGCCAUCGUGAUCGGAGUAGCCGUGAUCGUCGGACUGGCAAAGGGAACCAAAGCUGUAUUCCAAGCUCUAAUCAUUCCCGAUUACGUGCCAUUGGAGAGGCUGCCGGCUGCAUCCGGUAUUCUGAUGGUUUGUAACGGCAUCAUGUCUAUCAGCGUGGGACCAAUUAUCGGUUUGGUCCACGAUUCAACAGAUAGUUACGUGGGUGCGCUUUAUUUCACAUCCUGUCUCAGUCUGUCCUGUGUAUUCCUGUGGUUAAUAAGUGGACUGUGGACUCUUGGUAGAAAUAAGAAUCAACAAAAUUUGUCAGAGAAGCAAGAAAAUUCUCGCGAAAAAAUAUAAUUAAUUUAGGAACGAUUUAACAUUUCCAAUUCAUAAGUGCACAAGCAUUGAUGUAUUUUGAUAUGUUAUACAUUUAUAAUAUAUAGAUAUAUAUAUACCUACUUUUAUAAGAAUUUAAUAU